GACACACUUUUGUAUCAAUCGUUGCAAUGACACGAUAUUUUCUGUUCUCAAGUUUUGUUCUUGGGGCUUUAGCUUCACAAAGUCACUCUUUAGUCAAAAGAGCUUUGCAAAAAUCACACGAAAAAUCGCAGCUGGAAAAAUGGGAAGAUAAGUUCUUGGGUAGCUUAGAACACUUCGAUCAAACCGAAUCCUUAGUUACUUUGAUUAGUAAAGUAGCCCUUGAAGAACUGUCAGGUUGUACCGCAAUCAUCCUUUAUGAUGUUUUUACAGAAAUCAGUGACGAUCUUUUGCUUGAAAGACUGUUUCGAAUUUUUCCGAUUCCCUACGUUCAUGGGCAAAUAACGGAAGAGUACUUCAUGAAAGUACCAGAAAUUGUGACAAAUUCUGACACUUGCAUCAGUUAUAUACUGUUUCUUAAGGAUGUGAUGAGGUGUAUGAGUGUCAUUGGUCCCCAAAGCAACAAUAAAGUAGUACUAGUAGCUCGAUCUUCUCAGUGGAGGGUUUACGAAUUUUUAGCAAGGGAGGAGUCCCAAAAUUUCCUGAAUAUUUUAGUUAUUGCCAAGUCUGAAAAAAUCGUCUUGUCGAAUAUUGAAUUGCCGUAUAUAUUAUACACACACAAACUGUAUGUGGAUGGUUUGGGUUCGAGCAAUCAUCAGGUUUUGACAUCUUGGAAAAAUGGACGGUUUUCCAAAACUCCGGUACUAUUGUUUCCAAGGAAAAUUACUGACGGGUUUUCCGGUCAUAGGUUUAUUAUCACAGUAGCUCAUCAGCCGCCAUUUGUUAUUAAAAAGAGCAGCGACGACGACGACGAUAAUGACGUCGAAUGGGACGGCAUUGAAAUUCGUUUAUUAAAUUUACUAUCAAAAAUGUUCAACUUUACUACAGACUACCGAGAAGCUAGAAACUGGGAGUUGCAAGGAUCUGUUGAAUCUAUAAUCACAGUUGUUAAAAAUAAUAGAGCCAAUAUGGGUAUCGCUGGAGUUUAUAUAACAAAAGAAAUAAUAAAAACGGCAGACACUUCUCAAAUGCAUUCUCAAGACUGCGCAGCUUUUAUCUCUUUAACAUCGACAGCUCUGCCACGCUAUCGAGCAAUAAUGGGACCCUUUCACUGGAGUGUUUGGUUGACUCUAACAAUUAUAUACUUAGUUGCAAUUUUUCCUUUGGCGUUUUCUGAUAAACACAGUUUUCGACAGAUUAUAGAACGACCAGAAGAAAUAGAAAAUAUGUUUUGGUACGUCUUUGGUACGUUUACUAACGCUUUUACUUUUAUGGGGAAAAAUUCCUGGAGUAGAACGGAUAAAUUUGCAACAAGGCUAUUAAUUGGUUUCUACUGGAUGUUCACGAUUAUUGUUACUGCGUGCUAUACAGGGUCUAUAAUAGCUUUUGUCACUCUUCCGAUCUACCCAGAAACUGUUGACACUCCAGAACAACUUAUUAGUGGCAGAUAUCAAAUUGGUACUCUCGAUAAGGGAGGUUGGCAGUACUGGUUUGAAAAUUCCAGCGAUCCUGUUACUACAAAGUUACUAAAAAACAUCGAUUUGGUCCCAGACGUUCACUCCGGUUUGAAAAAUAUAACAAAAGCUUUCUUUUGGCCGUACGCAUUUAUGGGUUCUAAAGCUCAGUUGGACUACAUCGUCCGAACAAACUUUACUACGAAAAACAAACGCUCUUUACUUCAUAUUUCGUCACACUGUUUCGCCCCCUUUGGUGUUGGUUUGAUAUACAGCAAAAAUUCUCUUUAUAGCAAAAUCAUCGAUCUAGGUAUUUUGAGAGUAGUUCAAAGCGGGUUAAUAUACAAAUUAAAAAAAGAUGUUGAAUGGGAAAUGAUUCGGAGUGCCACCGGUAAACUUCUAGCAGCCAAUUCUUUCGGUAAUAACUUACGAAGUUUGAGUGUGGAAGACAGAGCUUUGACACUAGAUGACACGCAAGGAAUGUUUUUACUUUUAGGUAUAGGUUUUCUUUUGGGCGGAGCUUCUUUGCUAUCAGAGUGGAUGGGAGGGUGCUUACAUUUGUGUAAAAGAAAACGCGACCAAUCCGGCAGCAGCAUACAAAGCAAUCAUCGGUCAUAUAAAACACCAACACCAAGAGAAAAAAUAGAUUCUAUACAAUACAACUCUUUUGAAAAUCAUACAGUUGAAGAACUUGUUGUUGAAGAACGACAAAUGAGUGAACACAACUGUAUUAUACAUCAACAGAAUGAAGAUGAAUCAGAAGAAGACAUAGAAGAACAUAUCAAUAAACUUUUUAACUUUGAAGAAAUGUUUGGAGAUGUGAACGCUGAUGAUGGUAACGUUAAGGAAGAAUUAAACGAAGAAAAUAACAUGAAAAAAACUAAUUAA